CCUUUGUCUUCUAAAACACCGCCACUGUUUAAAUCACACUAAAACACACAGUUGGGUCUCUCUUUCAGCCAAAACCCAGAAGAAGAAGAAGCUCUCAUCAAUGGCUAAAGGGGCUUCUAAUUGCCUCUUUUCACCCCUUUUCUUUCUUCUUGUUAUCUGCUCUUAUGCUGAAGUAGGUGAAGUUAUUGCUAAGGCUGAUAAAUCAACAAUGGAAGAUUUUGUUUCUUCUCAUAAAACACUCCUCAAUAGCGUCACAAGAACAUCACAACAUGAUAUUAUCUUCCCUCUAACUAAUCCCUCCCCGACGAUCGUCACUGUACCUGCCACGAACCCUGCGAAUAUGCCGGGACCGAUCUCAGUGCCUUCUACGUAUCCCAACAACCCGACUACGGUACCUGUAACCAAUCCAAUCACGACACCUGCACCCAUAACGGUGCCAGGUGCAGGGGUGCAGCAGCCGGUGACGAAUCCUGUAACGACGUAUCCCGCCCCUAUGGGAGGAGUCCCUGUGAGCACACCGGUGCCAAAUCCUGUGCCUCCUACUGCAACUACAAAUUCUCCUGCAGUUCCAGGGCAGAGCUGGUGCGUGGCUCGGACGGGAGCAUCUCAGACUUCGCUUCAAUCAGCAUUGGACUAUGCUUGUGGAAUCGGACAAGUUGAUUGCUCGCAGAUCCAGCAAGGUGCUAACUGUUAUAAUCCGAACACAUUGCAAAACCAUGCAUCAUAUGCUUUCAAUAGCUACUAUCAGAAAAAUCCGGCACCAACUAGCUGCGACUUUGGUGGGACUGCAACCAUAGUGAACACCAAUCCAAGCACUGGAUCCUGCAUUUUCCCUUCUUCGUGGUCGCAAUCGACUCCGACAACAACACCAGCAACAUCGACAUCAAUAGGGGCAGGUGUACCAGGCUCGGUUACCCCACCUUCGGUAUUAAACUCAAGCACCCCUAGCUCGGACUCUGCUGCCACAAGUGUUUUUGGGUCCAACAUACCUCCCAGCUUCAACACAUCGACGUCCAUGUCACUCGGUUUACAACCGAAUUUUAGCAGCAUCAUUCUACUGACAAUGACAUAUUUCGUUGCUCGGUUGAUCUUAGAAUCAAGCACCUUCCUAUAGACCAGUUUAUUCUUGCUGGGAAGAAACAGGUGACCUUUGAGUUCCCAGAUGACUGCUUCAUAGCAGCCUAGUCGUGUUGACGAUGUUCGUCACCCGGAUAAGCUGCUCGAGAUGCAGAGAUAGUUUAUUCUUAAUGUUCCAAAAUAGAUUAGUAUAUCUUUUAUCAGGUAGUGAAAAUUAUAGGUUUGAGAAGGACCAUUUUGAUAAAAAUUUCUUGGAUUUGUACAUAGAGAUGGAAACUGUAAUGCUAAUGGGAAGCAAUUUGCAAGGUAUUGAAA